AUGACAAACAGUACGCGUGGCAAGAAGCAAGAAGCAUCAGAUCAAGACGGGAAAUCGAAACGAAAGAGCGCGGUUAUAUUGGCUCCAGAUGAAGAAGAGAAUAAGGGGAGAGAGGAGAGAGAGAAAGAGAGAGAGGAGGUUACCCCAGGCAUUGCAUGGAUACGUAUAACAGAGAAAGCGGCUGAAUGGUAUGGUGAAAUGAGGGGUCUGCCUGUCUCGCACCGCUUAGCCAAUGAAUCCGGACAAGAUCCUUGUAUUACUGAAACAAAGCCUGCAUGUGUGAAAGGAGUUGGUAAAGGGGUGGUUGGCAUUCAUCUCUACAAUGGGUUAUUGGAAGUUACUAUUGAGAUUGGAACCGUACUUCAAGUCCACUCUCUGGCACUAAACUUAAAGGCUGAGGCACCGCUUAUUUGCACCAGUGAGAAGAGAACGUAUGGCGGAUGGCACAAAAGCCGGAAUCAGGCUGAGAAAGUAGCGGCGCACGAGAACACACAUGGGGUUGAGUUUCAAAAGCGUUUAAGCAUGUGGGAAUUCUCCAAACUUGGUCUAAAUGUUUCUCCUUUAUUAAGAUACUGGAGAACUACUGCCUUGCGUUGCCUUGUCUUGCCAGAGAUUUUUGUGAUCAAUCCAUCUUAG